ACGUUUUAAACAAACCAUCACUGCAUUCUCUCUGAAGCCUCUAAUUCUGUGUGUCAGUUAAAGAAAGAAGCGCACAUGCCAAAAGGGAUGGCUUCAGUCACCACAUUUUCACUAAUGUUACAGUUUCUGUUCUUUAUACUAUGUUCUUCGUUUGGUCAGCUAAGCUUAGCUUUCACGUCGCAAGAGUACCAUGAGGCUCUUGAGAAAUCCAUUCUCUUCUUCGAGGGACAACGAUCUGGGAAAUUGCCUUCCAACCAGCAACAAACAUGGAGGGGAGAUUCUGGAUUGUCCGAUGGCUCUUCCUACCAUGUGGACUUAGUAGGCGGUUAUUAUGAUGCUGGAGACAACGUCAAGUUUGGGUUGCCAAUGGCCUUUACCACUACAUUGUUAGCAUGGAGUGUGAUUGAAUUUGGAAGCUCAAUGCAGGACCAACUUGAAAAUGCCAGAGCUGCUAUUCGUUGGAGCACGGAUUACCUUCUUAAGGCAGCCACCACCACCCCUGACACAUUAUAUGUCCAAGUAGGAGAGCCGAACAUGGAUCAUAGGUGCUGGGAAAGGGCUGAAGAUAUGGACACUCCACGCAACGUGUAUAAAGUAUCAGCUACAAACCCAGGUUCGGAUGUAGCAGCAGAGACGGCAGCUGCAUUGGCUGCUUCUUCAAUAGUAUUCAGAGAUUCUGAUCCAAGCUAUUCCUCCAAAUUGCUUCAAGCAGCCAUCAAAGUAUUCAAUUUUGCAGACCGUUACAGGGGUUCUUAUAGUGAUUCUCUUAAUUCGGUUGUCUGUCCAUUCUACUGCUCUUACUCUGGAUACCAUGAUGAGCUUCUGUGGGGUGCAUCAUGGAUUUAUAAAGCAUCAGGAAUUAACACUUAUAUACAAUAUAUACAAUCCAAUGGCCACAUAUUAGGGGCUGAUGAUGAUGGUUACACAUUCAGUUGGGAUGACAAGCGACCUGGAACAAAAAUCCUGCUUUCCAAGGAAUUCCUAGAGGAAAAUUCUGAAGAGUUCCAACUAUAUAAGGCACAUGCAGACAAUUACAUUUGUUCGCUAAUGUCGGGAACACCCGGUUUCCAGGCUCAGUACACCCGAGGGGGGCUUCUGUACAAAGGGAGCGAGAGCAAUUUGCAGUACGUAACAUCAACUAGCUUCCUUCUCUUGACAUACGCCAAAUAUCUGAACACAAACGGCGGUAAUGUAGUUCGAUGUGGGACUUCAGCAGUCACGGGCGAAAACCUAGUAACACUAGCUAAAGCACAAGUGGACUACAUUCUGGGCAACAAUCCAACAAAGAUGUCUUAUAUGGUGGGUUUUGGAGAGAGGUAUCCAAAGCAUAUCCACCACAGGGGUUCCUCUCUGCCUUCCAUCCACGCACACACUCAACACAUUUCAUGCAACGACGGCUUUCAGUUUUUCCAUUCUUCCUCGCCCAACCCUAAUAUCCUUGUUGGAGCCAUCGUAGGUGGUCCUGAUAACAAUGACAACUUCUCUGAUGAUCGACAUAACUAUCAGCAGUCUGAGCCAGCAACAUACAUCAAUGCGCCGUUUGUAGGUGCUCUUGCCUAUUUCUCUGCCAACCCACCAACAACCUAUUAGGAUUAGGAAUUAAUAAUACACCUAUAAUCAAGUUUUCAAUAUCGACCAAUGCCGUUCCAAAUGUGGUUGCAGACACUUAAAAAACCUUGUUGCCUAUCAUUAAUGCUUGUAUGCUUGGUGUUAGGCUGUUUGUUAGUUCCUUCAUCCUUGAUGAAUGUUUACGUUUCCAUCAAAAGUGAUGUUUAUUAGUGAAGAAUUGUUUGUUUCUUCUCCCA